AUGUCAGACCGUCCUCUAGGAAUCCAAACUGACACAGAGAAACCAGCUGAUGAAGUACAAGUGAAGUACUGGCUGGUGGAAGCGGAGGGGAAGGCUGGAAACACGGGAGACAGGGGUGGCAACCGACGGGUAGAGACCCUCCGUCGGCCACCGGAAGCUGGAAACAGAGAGGCUGAGUCGAGAAGAAGGAGUCGGAGGAAAAAGAGAAAAGAGAGAAAAAAGAACUCUUUCAACGGUGAUAAAUGUGCUUUUUACUCGGUAGGGUUUUCUGAAGUUCAAGACACCUUGUGGGAUGCUGAUGGCCGACACUUCUUCCACCGCUGCACUAUCCAAGGCGCCGUUGAUUUCAUAUUUGGUAACGGCCAAUCUAUUUACAAGGUUCUAACCGUGAUCUUUUGUUUAUUAACUCUUAACGUGCUAGGAGCGACGCUAAAACCGGGGGUAGCUGGUUACAUAACGGCUCCAGGACGGACCAACCCGUAUGACGCUAGCGGAUUUGUGUUCACGGACUACCUCGUUCACGGAACGGGGAAGGCUUUCUUGGGCAGACCGUGGUGCAGUUACGCUCGAGUGAUCUUUUACAACACAGACCUGUCCGACGUGGUUGUUCCCCAAGGUUGGGACUCAUGGCACUUUGGGGGCCAUGUAUCUCAGCUGACGUUUGCAGAGAUUGGAUGCUAUGGGAGUGGAUCAAAUACGGGGAGACGUGUGAGCUGGGUUAAGAAGCUGAGUGGAUUCUGUGUUCAAAGUAUGAUUAGGCUCGCCUUCAUUAACAGUGGUGGAUGGGUUCAAGCUUUGCCCAUUCCUGUUUGAUUUCACAUUUUUAUGUUUACUUUGUUUUUUUAUUUGUUAUUUAUCAUUUUCCAGGUUUUAGUUUGCUUAAAUGGAUUUAGAGUUUAUCCAGUCAUACAUAAAAUGUAAGUAAGGAUAAACAACACUUACGAUCGGUUUUAAGGAUUAACUAGAUCUUGGCCGUGUUUUGUAACCGCGGAUUAUUUUAUGAUAAAAAAUGUUCACUAAUAAAUUAACAAAUAUUUUGUUGGUUUGUAAGAAUUUUGUGUAUUUAAAAUAUUUUUGACCCGAAUCAGUACUUUUAAAUUUGACCCGAAUCCGUGGUAAAACCGGUUAAUCCGGUGGUCUGAUAAUUUAAUUUAGGUUUUCUAAAAUAUCCAUAUUACAAAAAUCACUAAAACAUGAAACUAACCGAUUUAACCGAUGGAUGAUCGAUACGUAAUCCAAUAUGAUUUAAAUUGUUUAGUAUCAUAAUUUGUCACCUUUUAACCCAAAUUUUAAAUUUCAUUGUUUGUAAAUUUAUGAAAUUAUGACGUUUCAACAAAAUUUUGAUAGAAAAAGUGAUAGGUAUACAAUAAUUAACAACUAUAAACAUGCUAUUGCUCCUUUUAUAUAGCUUAAUUAAUUUUAUUAUAUUUUUGUGUAAUUAAUUUUAUUAAUAAUUUGGUUUAUAUUAUAAUCGGUUUUAAUUUGUUGUUAACAAUUAUUUUUCUUUAUAUAAUAUAUAUUUUGACCAUUUUUUAUAAAUAUUUUUAUUAUUAUAUUUAUUUUACAAUGUAUAACAUUUAUUUACUAAAUAAAUAAUAAACUGUUGAUUUAGUUGAUUUAUUAUUGAUUGAAAUGUUUUUGUAGUAUUUAAACCUGUGAAAAUAAGUUCUAUUUAUUUUUGUUGUUUUAUAAAUUAUUUGAAAAUUUUAAUUAUUUAGUUUAUCUAAAUAAUUUGAAAGAAAAUUGUUAUAAAUUAUUAAAAAGAUGAGAUACAAUAUUUUAUAUUGUUUGGACACUAGAUUAACCAUAGUGUUGUUUGUAAAUAUAGAUAGUAAUAUAAAGAAAGAAGUAUAUUGUUUAGAAACAUAUAUAUAGUAUAAAAAAAAUGAAUAUUAAUGAUUUAAUGUAGGUUUAACUUAGACAUGUUAAUUAGAGUCAAAAUCCGCAACCCGAGCCCGCAGCCCAAGCCCGCAGCCCGAAGCCCGCAGCCCGAAGCCCGCAUCCCGCAGCCCGAAGCCCGCAGUCCGAGCUAGUUUUAUAAGCCCAAAAAAAAUUGGGCCUUUCGACCUAAGCCCAUUUGGGCUUUGGGUAUUUUGGACCUAAGCCCGUUUGGGUUAGGGCCGUCCCGAAAACCCAAAAUUUUAUAUUUUAGUAUAAAAUAUUAUCGUUCUUGCAAUCAAAACUACUAUAAGUAUUGAUAUAUUAUUUUAAUAUUUUUAUCCAAAAUCUAAUAAAGCAAAUAUAAAA